UAAACGAAACGGCCUAUUAAUUAUAAUUAAAUUUAUCUUCUCCAUCGGUACAAUCGACUUUGAAAUUUUCAACGGUUUCUAUGUACAAUUUGAUUCAAUCCAAUAUUGAUGUCAUUUCGAAAGUUUUGUUUGGAAGUUUAAAAACUUGAAACGUGUGCGUUUUAUUCUCCAAAGUAUGAACUAAUUUUACAAUUCCGUAACAACAAGAAAAGAAACCGACCAUUCAAAAAUAUACAAUGGAGGGAGAUACUUACUGGAAUAUAAGUAUGCAUUUUUUUUAUAUCGCUGUGGGCUUGAUAAUAUUUAAACUAUACAAUAGUAUAACCAAAGGAAAAUUCGAUAGCAAAAGAAGAUUAGAUGGCCAAGUCAUAAUCGUCACUGGAGCAAGUAGAGGAAUGGGAAAAUUUGCAGCUACAGAUUUUGCAAAAAGGGGAGCCAAAGUUAUUUUGGCUGGAGUUGAUUUUAAAGAAUUGAAUGAAGCUAAGGACGAAAUCAUAGAACUGUCUGGUAACCAAAAUAUUGUGGCAAAACACUUGGAUUUAGCUUCAUUCCAAAGUGUUAGAAAUUUUGCGAAGGACAUACUUAAAACGGAACACCGAUUAGACGUUCUUGUCAAUAAUGCUGGCGUAAAUUGUCUUUUAAAUAAAAAAACUGACGAUGGUAUUCACAUAGGCUUACAAGUUAACCACUUUGGACAUUUUUUGCUGACAAAUUUAUUGAUCGGUUUACUGAAAAAAUCAGCACCAAGUCGAAUUAUACAUAUAUCAUCUAUGUUGCACUUAAUUGGAAACAUAGAUUUUGAUGACCUGAAGGGAGUAGAAACUAAAAAAAUAGAUUUACAGUAUUAUCCCGAUAGUAAAUUAUCCAUCCUUGUAGGCAGUAAUGAAUUUUCGAGACGUUUAGAAGGCACUGGUGUGACUUCAAAUAGUCUACAUCCUGGUGCCGUAAAAACAGAUAUAUUUAUGGGAAACCAAAAUAUCAUCAUCGCACUUUUUUGGAAGAUGUUCUUUGGAAUCUUUUGUAAGACUGUAGAGCAAGGGACACAAACAACAAUUUAUUUAGCUGUAAGUGACGAUGUCAAAUAUGAUUCAGGAAAAUAUUAUGCAGACUGCAAGGAAUCAACCUGGAAAAAAACUAUCGCCAACAACAAGGAAGUGGGCAAGAAAUUUUUUGAAAGAUGCUGUGAUAUUGUUGGCCUUAAACCUGAAGAACGGCUAAUUUAACGUAGUGACUAGCCUGACGGCGCCGGCAACGAACAACUUUGCCGGCUGUUUUUUUCCUCCCGGAUGUGAAGUCACAAAAAGCAUUUAGCAAAACUUAAGAAAACCACGUAUCAUCAAAGAAAAUUGUUAGGUUCACAACAUCUUUUAUAAUUUCGUAUAAUGAUGUACUUCGAUGCAUCCAUUAUAAGCAUGGACAUGGAAAUAUCUACAAACAUAGUUUUUAAUGUUGAAGCAUAAAACAUUACCCUUUA